AGUACUACGUACCAUUCUCUGUGUGAAUCAGAAGAGGCUGAGAGAGUUUAGCUUCCCGAAUCAGCACGUAAUCCCUCAGAUCUCAACCUGCAGAGCUUCAAUUGCUUGUACAAUCCGAUCCUGAAUCAGCUUAUCCCACGCUUCUCUCCCUCUCUGUCUCUCGCUAACUCAAUUCCAAUCCCACCAGUGCUCUUUUGUCGUUGUUGUUUCAAUCAUGUGGAGGUUCAAACCAUUUAUGCAAAAAGAACCAACUGGUCUUGAAGGCCGCUCUAUCGAUGUUGGCAAUCUUAAAAUUCAUGUCCGAAAUGCCAUUGCUGAAGGAGGGUUCUCUUGCGUCUAUUUAGCUCGGGAUGCUGUGAAUGUGUCAAAGCAGUAUGCUUUAAAGCACAUAAUAUGUAAUGAUGAGGAAUCACUGGACCUGGUAGUGAAAGAGAUCUCAGUGAUGAAAUCACUCAAAGGACAUCCGAAUGUUGUCACACUCUAUGCGCAUACUGUAAUGGAUAUGGGACGGACUAAGGAAGCACUCCUUGUGAUGGAAUUUUGUGAGAAGUCCCUUGUUAAUGUGCUGGAGAGCAGAGGAGCUGGGUUUUUUGAUGAGAAACAGGUUCUCUCAAUCUUUAGGGAUGUGUGUAAUGCCGUGUUUGCAAUGCAUUGUCAAUCCCCGCCCAUUGCACAUAGAGACUUGAAAGCUGAGAAUGUUCUUCUGGGGCCUGAUGGAUUGUGGAAGUUGUGUGAUUAUGGAAGCACCUCUACCAAUCACAAGCGCUUUGAGAAGCCUGAAGAAAUGGGUAUCGAAGAAGACAAUAUCAGGAAGCAUACAACACCUGCUUACAGGGCCCCUGAGAUGUGGGAUCUCUUCCGGAGAGACCUUCUAAAUGAGAAGGUAGACAUAUGGGCUCUUGGGUGCCUCCUCUUUCGGAUAGGCUACUUCAAAAGUGCAUUUGAUGGAGAAUCAAAGCUACAAAUCUUGAAUGGAAACUAUCGCAUUCCAGAGCUACCUAAAUAUAGUUCCUCUGUUACGGACCUGAUCAGAGACAUGCUUCAAGCUUCACCAGAUAACAGACCAGACAUCACGCAGGUGUGGUUUCGUGUUAAUGAGCAGUUACCUGCUAACUUACAGAAGUCUUUACCUGAUAGGCCACCUGAAAUGCAGACUGACAUACUUGAAGGUGUUUCAAAACCUGCAAAUAAGGCACAUCCAGUGCCUCGCAGAACUCCACCACCGCCACCUUCGUCUGUAGAACCAACUAGAAACACAUCACAACCUUCAUCCAGGACAGAUGUAGGUGGCGGGCAGCUUGGUGCCUUCUGGUCCACACAGCAUGCCAAGGUCUCAGUGGUUGCUGAGGAUAGGACAAGACCCAAAUUUGAUGAAGAACCAACUAGCCAUAGUACAUCAAAACACGACAGAUUUCAUAUGGAGAACCAUCCUUUACCUAGGAAUACUAGCCCUGCGAAUGAGGCAAAUAUAGAAACUCAUGCUGUUCGAAGAAAUGCACAUGGUAAGUCACACAAGUCUGGUGAUGGCCCUUCCAAGGACUUUGAGAUAAUGUUUUCUCAGAAGGAUACAGACCACAGCAUGGAGAGGCCAAAACCAUCAAAAACUGAGAGCACAGCUACUUUUCAAGAUGCGGCUUUUAACACUUUUGUUGCUGAAUUUGAUACCAAUAAGUUAAGUCCUGGUGGUAGUAAUAGCAAAUCAGGAAAAGAUGAAGUAUUAGAGGCUGAAGUGGAGAUGCUGAAGGAGCAGCUGAAGCAAGCUAACUUGGAGAAGGCUGAAAUAACCUCCAAAUUUGAAAAGCUGUCUGCCAUUUGUCGAUCUCAAAGGCAGGAGAUACAGGAGCUGAAGCAAGCAGUUGCUGCUAGAACUCCAUCACCAAAUAAAGAUACUUUGAAAAAUCAAACUUUGCCUGGAACUCGGCCUGUUGCGACUCCUUUGCAUAGGGAGAAAAUUGAAGCAACAGUUUGGGACAUAGAGCAAGAAGAAACUGACUGGAAUACUGGGAACCCAGAGCCAAAGCCAUGGAAUGCAUUUGCUGAGGAACCUAAGUCACAGCAGACUCUUUCAAAGGACAACCCUACAAAAUCUGUCAGGACAAGAAAUGGUCACCAGAACAAGCAGGCUGCUCCAGUAAACAGUGGUUUUGAUACUUGGGGAUUUGGAACAGAGAGUUUUUCUGCUGCCCCCAUUACCAGCCCUCAGAUUCCAAGACCCGUCAGUGACGGGUAUAAUUCACAGCGCAUUGGUGAGGCAAAGAUCACAGAGAGCAAGCCAGCUUCUCAACCUGCCGGAUGGGCUGGUUUUUGACUUGAGCCAUCUGGAAAUCUAUAAUGGAGGUAUUUUGUGAGAACCCCGGCAUCUUUCUUGGCACCUUUGGUCCAAAAAAUGAGGAUAGAGAAAAUUUAGAAAUGUAUGGCUUAUUGGGCUUGAUUCGUGCUGUCGAGUGCUUGUGUUUGUAGAUCUUGCUAUGCAGUGAAACAUUGUCACAUGUUAUUGUGGACACUUACAAUUGUAUACUUUAUGCAUGUCUCAAUUGCUGGGUUGAGAAAAUAA